AUGGCAUUUAGACCACCUUCAUUUAAUUGGUCAAGGUCUGUUGGACUGAAAUGGCAAUAUCAGAAUCCAAAAACUAAUUCACAAAAUAUUUAUUUUCAUAAUCAAAGAGAUAUUUUACAACCAUUAUCAAGUGCAUCUUAUAUGUCACAAUUAAUUCAACAACAACCACAUCAACAAAAACAACAAAAAAGAUAUUUUAGUAAUUAUUAUUAUCAAUUCCCCAAAAUCCCAAGACCAAAAAGAAAUGUAUUAUACUAUUCAACUUGGACAAGAAAUAAUAACUCAAAUUCAUAUAAUUCAACAUCUUAUAAAUCAUAUUAUAAAUUUACCAAAAUACCAUUUCCUAAAAUUUCUAAAAGAUCUUUUUCAUCAGCAAAUCAAAAAUUAAAAUUGAAAACUAAAAAAUUACAUACAAGAUUUUUUUCAAUUGAAGCAAGAUCAAAAAGACAACAAAAGAGAAAAUUUAUAAGAUGGUGGACAAUAACUUCUUUAACUAUUGUUUUGGGUGGUGUUGCAGCAAAAAUAAAAUAUGAUAGAGAUGAACAUAAUGAUAAUCCUUAUAAAAUUAGACCACAAUCUUGGCAAUUAUACGCUUAUUCAACAUUACCUUUAAAAACAAUGUCAAGAGUAUGGGGUUAUGUAAAUUCAAUAAAUUUACCAGUUUUUAUAAGAUCACCACUGUAUAGAUUAUAUUCAGCUAUAUUUGGUGUUAAUUUAGAUGAAAUGGAAAAUCCAGAUUUGAAAAGUUAUAAUAAUUUAUCUGAAUUUUUUUAUAGAACUUUAAAACCUGGUGUAAGACCAAUAUCUGAAAAUGAUAUUGUAAGUCCUGCUGAUGGUAAAGUUUUGAAAUUUGGUUUAAUUGAACAAGGAGAAAUUGAACAAGUUAAAGGUAUGACUUAUUCUAUAGAUGCUUUAUUAGGUUUAUCAUCAACAAGGAAACUAGCAGCUCCAACUCUUUCAACUGAAUUUGAUCAUAAAAUGGAUGAAGAACAUAGAAUUAAAAGAGAUGAAGAAUUUGCAAAAUUAAAUGGUAUAACUUAUACUGUUGAUGAUUUAGUUGGUGGAGAAAAUAAUUCAACUUUUCAUAUGAAUAAAUUAACUUAUAAAAAUGAUCAUGAUGGUACUGCAAAAGGUGAAAAUGCUUCAUUUACAAAAGAAUUAGAAGUUGCAGAAGCUCUUGCACCAAAUCCAUUAGAAAUGUUUAGAAAAAAACAAUUAUAUUUUGCAGUUAUAUAUUUAGCACCAGGUGAUUAUCAUCAUUUCCAUUCUCCAACAAAUUGGGUAACAACUUUAAGACGUCAUUUUAUUGGUGAAUUAUUUUCAGUUGCUCCAUUUUUCCAAAAGACUUUACAAGGAUUAUUUGUAUUAAAUGAAAGAGUUGCCUUGUUGGGAUAUUGGAAAUAUGGGUUUUUUUCAAUGAUUCCAGUUGGUGCAACAAAUGUUGGUUCAAUUAUUGUUAAUUUUGAUAAAGAUUUAAAAACAAAUUCAAUGUAUGAACAAGAAAUUUAUAGUUCUAGUAAUAGUUCAGCAAAUUCAAUACUGGAAAAUACUCCUUUAUUACAAAGAGAUUAUUCAGCAUCAAAUAUUUUAACUAUAAAUUCUUUAGAAGAAAAAAACCGUAAAAAGAAAUUAAGAAAAAAUACAGUGUAUGAAGCUACUUAUACUAAUGCAAGUAGAAUUUUGGGAGGUAUACCAUUAAGUAAAGGUCAAGAUAUUGGUGGUUUCAAAUUAGGUUCGACUGUUGUUUUAGUUUUUGAAGCUCCUAAUAAUUAUAAAUUUGAUUUAAAAGUUGGUGAAACUGUUAAAGUUGGUCAAUCUUUAGGUUCAUUUGUUUAA